AUGGCUAUUUUCGAUGACCUUUCCUGGUCCCCAGCCGCUCUGUACGCGCACAAGAUCAAUCCGACUCUCUGGCAGGACCUGAAUGAUGUCGAGAACUUUGGCUUUCUGAGUAUGCGAGUUUUUGAUCUUUUCUUCGUGGAUCUAGCUGAUGAUAGAUAUGCAGGAACACAAGUGCAGCCAUUCCACCUGGUGACUCCAGAUAAUGAGACGCUCUAUGGCUGGCAUAUCCUUCCACUUCACUUGUGCAGAGAGCACGAGGAAUUGCUCAACGAGCAUAUGUCUUAUGGGCCAGCAGAAGAUUAUACCAAGACGGUCGCCUACAAGCUUCUAGCGGAGGAUCCCAAUGCCCGAGUGGUCGUGAAUUGUAAGUGCCGGCCUCCAUCAAGCAGCCACCCCAAGCAGCCAGAUCUAACAGACUUGUCAGUCCACGGUAAUGCCGCUCAUCUUGGCUCUGCGUUGCGGCCAGAGAUGUACCGCAUGUACCUCGGCAUUUCGACGCCGUCCAACCCGGUCCACAUCUUUGCCAUCGACUAUCGAGGUUUCGGACUGUCGACGGGGUCUCCCACCGAAGAAGGAGUCAUCACGGACGGGCUCACGCUGCUCAACUUCCUGACCUCUUCGCCUCUGAACGUUCCUCCGUCUCGCAUUGCCAUCGUGGGACUGAGCCUGGGAACGGCGGUGACAUCAGCGGCGGCAGAGCGAUUCGCAUUUGGCGCGCCCGAGUCGGCGAUCAUCCAACCGGCGAUUAAAGAUCCGGAGCCCUUCGCGGGGAUCAUCCUGCUUGCAUCUUUCAGCAAUAUCCCGAACCUCAUCGAAUCAUACAGCUUGAAAGGCCUCACUCCGCCCAUGCUCUCUCCGCUGAUCGGCUACCCUCGCGCGCAGAAAUACUUCCUCGACCGGAUCUACGACCGGUGGGACACUGCGGCGCGCGUUGCGCGGCUGACAGGCGUAGGACCAACAGCGAAGGACGAGUCCGAUGCCGUCUACGCCAACAAAGCACUGGAUCUGACGAUCGUGCAUGCCCGCGACGACGUCGAGAUCCCAUGGUGGGAGGGUGCGCGAGUCUGGAAAGCAGCGAUCGGAGAGACAGAGAAGGGCGAACCGUCAGAAGGGAAAUUCGUCUACGAGCGUAUCGCAGAGAACGGCCUGACAGAGAUCCGCGUCUGGGAGAAGGAAGUCCAACCCGAGAAGGGUGCGAGGGCAGUGAAGAAAGUGAGAUGGGAGAAGGUUGGAUAUGGAGGACACAACCACGUCGGGGCAUAUUCCGUCGCCGCGCUUGCCGUGCUGAGGGCAUUCGAGGAGUAA